AUGACGAAUGUGGCCUAUAAUUCCCACGCACCACCUCAGCCGUACAACAGUUAUACCUUCCAGUCAUCACUUGGAGUAGAUCAAAACUCGUUCAACAGGAAACGGCGCGGCAAUCUUCCCAAGGAGGCAACGGCAAUCCUAAAAAAGUGGUUUGCAGAUCACCGUGACUCUCCUUACCCUACCGAGGAGGAGAAACUGGCGCUAUGCCAAAAGUGCCAACUCACGCUGAAUCAGGUAUCCAACUGGUUCAUCAACGCUCGACGACGCGCGCCUGGAAGAGAACAGCGUGACGUCCGCGAACACACGGAAAAUUUUGGUUGA